AUGACCGGGGUUACUUGGGAAUUCCAUAUUAACGAGGGCAUGCACGCGGGCAACCGGAGUGUGGUGCUGGUCAAUGAGGCCUUCAUUCGUUCCCGACAUGAGAUAGACGAUCUUCGGGGCCAACUCGAUGCUCAGGGCCGAGAGACAGAGAAAUACCAACACCUUCUUCGGGAGAAGGAAGAAGAAUUAAACCGGGCGGUCAUGCUGGCCAACCUUCGCCCCGAUCUUGAUGCGGUUAAGGACGAAAACCGUCGAUUGAAAAGUGAUCUGGCCGCCAUGACUGAUUACAAUCGGAGCCUCGAGGCCGAGAAGAUCGUCCUUUUCCGGGAUAAAACCCAAUUUUCUUUGCGGUUAGAUGAACUCGAGACCACGGUUUCCCAACUUCGGGGAGAACUUAACUCGGUGAAGGCUGAUGCUACGGGCUUGACCGAGAGGAGCCGGCAGCUUGAGUCCGAGGCUGCUUUGUUCAACGAGCGCAGCAGGGUACUCGAAGAGAAAGCCGAGGAGCGGGCUCGGAUAUGCGAGGGCCUUAGAACUGAACUUGAGGAGGCGAUUAACGCUAAUGAUACCCUUAAGACCGAGCUGGAUGCGGCCAAUCUUACGAGGGAUGAUCUUGAGAGGAACCGAGCUCAUUUGGAAACCAAACUGGCCAAGGCUGAGGCCGAUUUGGAGGAAGCUUGGAAAAGUGUGGAGGCGGCCGAGGCUCAUACCGCUAUUGUCGCUGAAUAUGAGAAAUGGAAGUCUCGGCGUCUUACUCUCGAGCAAGCUGAGCACGGCCUGGAGGGUCUUCCGGCCCUGAUACUUGAAGCCAAAGGAAUGGAGAAGGAGGCUAACCUUACCCUCGGGUCCGAGUCAGACGACUCCGAGCGGACCGAGUCCGAGCAUUCAUCCUCUUCUAGUCGUACCGGGUAG